AUGAGCCGAUCCGGGACCUCGUCACUGUUCUCCACCUAUCGGCUGCUUUUCCUGUCGGCCAUCAUCUCAACUGAACUUCCACAUCCUGCGUCCGGAGGCUCUGUUCUGACCCUCACGUCCAACGACACGCUGGGCAACCACAGCCGGUGUGGAGAAGGCAGCGUCUGCGUUGAAGGAGUCAUCCUGCCGUUGUGGAAGCCAGAAAACCCGGCCUUCACCGACCGCAUUGCCAGGGCCACCGUCUACUUUGUGGGCUUGGCGUACAUGUUCCUGGGUGUCUCCAUCAUCGCUGAUCGCUUUAUGGCAUCCAUCGAGGUCAUCACCUCCCAGGAGAAACAGAUCACCAUCAAGAAACCCAACGGGGAGAAGAUCACCACGACGGUGCGCAUCUGGAACGAGACGGUGUCCAACCUGACCCUGAUGGCGCUGGGUUCCUCUGCCCCAGAAAUCCUCCUGUCGGUCGUGGAGGUUUGUGGUCACAACUUUAACGCCGGCGAGCUGGGCCCCAACACCAUCGUAGGAAGUGCCGCCUUCAACAUGUUUGUCAUCCUUGGCUUUUGUGUGUCCGUCAUUCCUGAAGGAGAAACCAGAAAGGUGAAGCACCUCAGGGUGUUCUUCGUCACCGCCACCUGGAGCGUCUUCGCAUACAUCUGGCUGUACCUGAUCCUGGCUGUCUUCUCUCCGGGUGUUGUGGAGAUAUGGGAGGGUCUGGUCACCCUCUUCUUCUUCCCAAUCUGUGUUGGAUUCGCUUACGUGGCCGACCGCAGACUCCUUUUCUACAAAUACAUGCACAAACGAUACAGAGCGGGGAAGCAGAAAGGAAUGAUUAUCGAAACCGAGGGAGAACCACAGCUACCCUCAAAGGUCGACAUAGAAAUGGAUGGGAGAAUGCUCACCUCCGCCGGAGAGGAUGCAGGGUUUGAUGUUAAGGAGGUGGACGAGGAGGAGGCCCGCAGGGAGGUGGCCCAGAUCCUGAAGGAGCUGAAACAGAAGCAUCCCGAGAAGGAGAUGGAGCAGCUGAUGGAGCUCGCCAAUUACCAAGUUUUAACCCAGCAGCAGAAGAGUCGAGCUUUCUACCGCUGUCAGGCCACCAGGAUCAUGACGGGAGCAGGAAACAUCCUGAAGAAGCACGCCGCCGACCAAGCCAAGAGAGCCACCCACCACGAUAUCUGCUCCGAGGUUUCGGUGAACGCCUUUUCCUCCAAGGUGUUCUUCGACCCGGGUGCCUACCAGUGUCUCGAGAACUGCGGCUCUGUAGCACUGAACGUUGUGCGGCGUGGUGGAGACCUAACCAGCACCGUCUCAGUGGAUUACCGGACUGAAGACGGCACCGCAAACGCCGGCUCAGAUUACCAGUUCACCGAAGGAAGUAUCGUAUUCAAACCAGGCGAGACCGAAAAGGAACUCCGCAUUGAUAUCAUUGACGAUGAUAUCUUUGAGGAAGACGAGCAUUUCUUGGUUCACCUCAGCAACGUGAAGGUCCUGUCAGAGGGCGCCGGCUCAGACGAGUGCGAGGCGAACCACGUGGACGCCCUCGCGGGUUUGGGUCUGCCGUGCUCGGCCACCGUCACCGUCUUUGACGACGACCACGCGGGAAUCUUUACGUUCAAAGAGCCGGCGGUGACCGUGAGCGAGAGUGUCGGGGUGAUGGAGGUGAAGGUCUUCCGGACCUCAGGAGCUCGCGGCGUCGUGGUGGUGCCGUACAAAACCAAGGAGGGGACGGCUAAAGGAGGCGGCGAGGACUUCGAGGACACACACGGAGUCCUGGAGUUCGAGAACGAUGAGAUCUUCAAAACUAUUCAAAUCAAUAUAAUUGAUGAUGAAGAAUAUGAGAAAAACAAGAACUUCUUCCUAGAGAUCGGAGAGCCUCAGCUGCUGGAGAUGAGUGAGAGGAAAGCUGUGUUGCUUCAGGAAGUCGGUGGAUUCGUCAAAACAGGCAGAGACGUCUACAGGAAGGUCCAGGGACGAGACCACCCCACCCGCUCUGCCAUCAUCAACAUUGCAGAUGAGGGGUGUGAGGAGGUUUUGACCAAGAAGGAGGAGGAGGAGAGGAGGAUUGCAGAGAUGGGUCGGCCGAUGCUGGGCGAGCACAUGAAGCUGGAGGUGGUCAUCGAGGAGUCGUACGAGUUCAAGAGCACCGUGGAUAAACUCCUCAAGAAGACCAACCUGGCCCUGGUGAUCGGGACCAACAGCUGGAGGGAGCAGUUUGCGGAGGCCAUCACAGUCAGCCCUGGGGGUGAUGAUGAUGAUGAGAAGCUGCCCUCCUGUUUUGACUAUGUCAUGCACUUCCUUACCGUCUUCUGGAAGCUUCUGUUUGCCUUGGUUCCUCCCACCGACUACUUCAACGGCUGGGCCUGCUUCGUCGUCUCCAUCUCCGUCAUUGGCCUUCUGACGGCAUUCAUUGGUGACCUGGCGUCUCAUUUCGGCUGCACCGUUGGCCUCAAAGACUCCGUCACGGCUGUGGUGUUCGUUGCUUUGGGCACAUCUGUUCCAGACACCUUUGCCAGUAAGGUGGCAGCCAUCCAGGACCAAUACGCCGACGCCUCGAUCGGCAAUGUGACAGGAAGUAACGCUGUCAACGUCUUCCUGGGUAUCGGCGUGGCCUGGUCCAUCGCUGCCGUCUACCACUACUCCAAAGGCCAGGAGUUCAGAGUUGAUCCGGGCACGCUCGCCUUCUCUGUCACACUCUUCACCAUCUUUGCCUUCAUCUGCAUUGCCGUCCUCAUCUACCGCCGCCGGCCCGAGAUCGGCGGGGAGCUCGGUGGACCCAGAGUCCCCAAGAUCCUCACCACCUGCCUGUUCUUCAGCCUGUGGUUACUGUACAUUGUCUUCUCCUCGUUGGAGGCCUACUGCCACGUAAAAGGCUUCUGA